CUCACUCAUGACGACCGCGAUCGCGGACCAGUUAUCGUUACAAAAACAAAUAUGCACCGAUAGAGUUACGCUGUUUACUUUAGCGGGAACUGAAAUCAAACCAAAUCAUACCACUAUUGCCGAGGUUAUUAUUGAUAACAUCAAGCGAACAAUUCAAUUUUUUGUUAUUGACAAGUGUGCAAUGGACGUGCAAUUAUUAAUAGGCCAAAAUUUCACGGAACUGUAUGAUAUAAAUUACAGCAAAAUUGGAAACCAGUUGAAUUUCACCGAAGUUACAAUUAAUAAAUUGAACGUAAAUCUAAUAACACAAACCACUCUCAAUAUCGGAAUUAACCAUCAAAAACAUAACCAACCGCUUAUAGAUCUUUUGAAUAAUUAUCGCGAUUGCAUAGCAAACAGUUUAAACGAGUUAGGUGUUACUGAAUUAACAAAAAUGACCAUUACCCUUAGUUCUGAAAAACCAAUAGCACGACGACCGCGACAGUUUUCAGACUAUGAGCGCGCACAAAUACGGGAAAUUGUAGGUGAACUACUCCUAAAUGGUAUAAUUCGCGAAUCUUGCAGUCCAUACGCCCUACCUCUCAUUGAGGAACAAUUACGUCGUCUAUCAGGUCAUCAGUAUUUUACCAGCCUUGGUUUAUUUUCCGGAUAUUACCACAUACCAAUGGCAACCGAAUCAAUACCUUAACGGCCUUUAUCACUCAGGACGAUCAUUAUGAGUUCUUAAGAGUACCCUUCGGCCUUACGAACGCUCCUGCAGUUUUUCAGCGAACCCUUAACACCGCUUUAGGUAGUCUACGAUUUAAUAAGGUUUUAGUAUAUAUUUUAGUUUUAGAUGAUGUACUCAUCCCAGCGAAAACAAUAACUGAAUCUCUCAGUAUCCUGCGAGAAGUCCUGGACUUGUUCAGGAAAAACGGGUUUACAUUAAAUUUAAAAAAAUGCUUCUUCCUGCAAAAAACAGUAACUUAUCUCGGGUACGAAAUCAAUAAUUCCAGUGUCCGCCCUUCUGAUCGAAAGGUAGACGCUGUAGCACAAUUUCCGACACCCCGAAAUAUUCACCAAGUGCGCCAAUUUUUAGGUCUUACCGGAUACUUUCGGAAGUUUAUUCGGGAAUAUGCUUUAAAGUCGAGACCUCUGAGUG